AUGAACUGCAAUUCCCAGCCCUACUUUCCCAGCAUCCACACCACUUCCCCCCCAACCUAUGAGAUGCUCAAGGAGAAACACGAGGUGGCUGUACUUGGGGUGACCCAGGGCUUGGAUCCCAUGGCAACCACCAAGAUCGACAUUCACAGCAAAACCUCUGUGCAUGAUCACAUCAUCUGGUCCCUGUUCAACAUAGUCUUUGUGAACUUGUGCUGCCUGGGCUACUCUGUGAAGUCCAGGGACUGGAAGAGGGUGGGUGAUGUGAUAGAGGCCCAGGCCUAUGACUCUGCCACUGAGUGCCUGCACAUCCGGCACCUGGUCUUGGGCCUCCUUCUGAUUGUUAUAUUCACCAUUAUUUUUGUCACUGGCUCACUGAUGAUUCUCCAAGCAAUUUCAGAGAUCAUAAAAGGUUAUGGAGCUUCCUAG